AUGGCUGGUGCUAACUAUAUGGGAGGCAAAAUAAAUGCUGCCAAGGUCCGCUCCAGAGAUGAAGCAGGUCGCCAACAGAAACGAUUCUUCGGUCGCCAACGCCUGAAUCUCUUGUCCAAGGGCCUUCCUCAGCAGUCACGCCGCUCCAUCACUUCUCGAAUAUCGAGGAAUCAGCCCCAGCCCACCAUCUCGCUGGCACAUUCAAAGCAGAACUCGACCUUGUCACCUCAAGGUUACAUUCCCAGUCCGAGCAAGCCUCCAAAAUUCAAACGAGAUGGUCCCAGCUUCGCGAGCAGCAGUUCAAAAGUCCCUGAGGCCCUAGAUACAUCAGAGCCUAUAUUUUUGCGAGCUGCCAUGAAUCAGAUUCUCUCCCUACCGGACCUGGCUGGGUUAUCCACCUACAAGAAGCGAAAACGGACCUCGGAUACGUCUUCGUCCAAGAGGGUCAAAUCAGAACGGUCGCCAGAGAAGGAUGAGGAGCUGUCGUUUGGAUCCCAACAUGAGCGAUUGUGCCACAGCCCCCUUCGGGACAUAUAUCAUAAUUCAGACGGCAACGAGUACGAUGACGAACUGGACGACCCGUUCAUUCAACCCCAUCAUCUUGGUUCUCACACGACCUCGAGCAUAAGCAGCAAGCUUUUCCCCAGUUCGGCUCCUUCGCAGAGAAAGUCGCAUAUACCCAUCCCCAAUGACUCAACCUCUUCCCUUGAGACACUUCCUGUCACAUCUUCACUCCAAACGUCGUUUUCAGGAAACAUCUUUGACUAUGAUGAUCCUUGGACAGCCAUGGGAGUCAUACUCGGGCUGAAAUCUGCUCCCAGUACUCCCGUGCAGGACAUGGAUAAUACGUCAGCCUUGGCAGAGCAUCCCCGACCUCCAGCUCUGGGUCAUCAGAGGCGCCGAGUCAGGCUAAUUGCUUAUUCGCCAGUUUCUUCCUCUGAAGGGAUUCCCGUUGCGAGCAGCCAUUCCUCAGAUAACAUUCCUCCUCCUAUUGUAGACCACGAUGAUCAGUCUGACGACUUUCAUUUUUCCGAAGACGACAAUAAUCAUGAUUUUGAAGACCAGUACACUCAUGAUAUCCCUUCUUACUUACACCAAAACUUUUCGCCCUCUCUGCUGCAUCCCGAAUCAAAUCCAUCGUCUGCCCAUUUUGCUUCCUCUGACAACUAUUUCAACAAUUCAGUGCGUUCACCUGUAGUCCGUGAAGAGAGAAAUGACCUUCAACCUUCAUUCAACUAUGAUUCUUUUUUUGACGGCUCUACCUCCGAGCAUCAUUCACGACUUAUUGUGAAGGACCACGCUAAUCCCGAGGACCCUGAUGACUACUCUCUCUAUGAGACAACGUCUUCGGCGAUCCCUGACGCUGAUCAGUGCAUUGAAGAACCGAUUCCUGUCAUCUAUAGUUCACAGUCGCGAUCUCCCAUUAUCGAGCACCCUUCACUUAACUUUCCUAAUAGACAAGACACUAUCACCACAAAAAAAGCGCCUGGUGUUUCGCCUCAUUAUAACAUGACCAGAGACAUCCUUCAUACGGCCCAAUAUGUUUCAUCCAAUGCUCCUGCUUGCUCCUCACGAAAUCCUAAGGUGGAUGGAUCCCCGCGUACUUCCGAUCAUCCGCCUACGAAUGCUCCUCUCUACCUUCUCGAUAACACUCCACACGACACUGCAUGCCAGUUGCCUCCUUUACUUAUCACUAUCGAAAGUUUGGACUCUCAUCACGUUCUUGCUCGCGAUUCUCAAGACUCGGAACCUGCUGUCGAAUAUUCACUGACACUUGAACAGUCUCACUCCUUUGCUGAUGAACUGCUGCUCCAUUUGCCAACCGAUGACAAGCCUGUGUUCGAGCCUGAAGGCGCUUUUCCUUUGGCUUUUACCGGUUUCAACUUAUUUUCAAAAGAUGAUUUCUUGGAGGAAUCAGAUAGUGACUAA